AUGAUAGGAAACAGGUCUACCAUUAUUCCCAGUAAUGGAACAUUUAGGCUCAAUAACCUGAGCAGCAAUGACAGUGGUAAUUAUAGCCUUAAGACCUUUGAUUCAGAUGGAAGAAAAUCAGAUGAGUGGACUUUCAAGUUGAUCUUUCAAGCUCCUGUGUCCUCUGUCCUGCUGGUCUCUGCGUGUCUGUCCCAGGGAGAGAUGAGGGUGUCCUGCUCCUCUCAGGGAGGGGACAGUCCUCAGUACAGCUGGAGUCUGGAUGGACGCACACUGACAGAUGCUGAGCUCCUUUCUGGAAAUAAUAAGAGUAACAACAUUAUUCUGAAACAGCACGUCUCAGGACAUCUGGUCUGCUCAGUGAGAAAUCAUGUCAAUAGUGUCUCCAAAGAACAAAGGAUAUGCACUUGUGGAUUCAUAUUCAUUAACUGCACUUUAUCUGAUGGGACACACAUUACAAAGUGGGUGCUUGCAACCAAAAAUACCCUGUGUAUUAAACCAACAAUGGGCCCUAUAAAAGUCUCUGACACUCCUCUAGAUAACUCCUUACUUUUAUGUGGUUUGAGAGCAGUGAUGGGAAUUCUCUUAUUAAUUGGGAUUUUCAUCUACUUUGCUUGGAAGAAAAAGAAAACUGAAAAAGCUGAAGUCUCUGCUGUCCCACAAAUGAUGGACUAUCCAGACAACUCUGUUCUGAUGGUUGAAAUGAGAAGUUCUACUUCUUGCAAUGUGUAGUGUCAACUUUGAUCUACUGACAUUUCACAUCUCUGUGCGUGUGAAAAUAACACUUAGAUGACACGUAUCUCUUGUUUUUAUUCACUAAUCAUGUUUUACAUUUACACAGCUUACACUGAAUUACCAUGAGAAGGUCUGAGUAUCUUAUGCAUUUGUAUUCUGUGGAAACUAAUAUAACAAAUGUUGUAACUAUAAGUAGAGUAGUCUUUUAAUCUGAGACAUUUUUUGGCCUAAAAUCAAAUACAUAUUACAUAAUUGCAAAUAGAAAUAAUCAACCCACCAGAAACUACUGUUUGUACUAAACUGAAUUUGAGCACUGUUGCAAGUGGUUGAAAUCAACAUCACUGAUUCAUACUGUGUACUUUUCUUUUGUUAUUGCUACACUGUAACAAUAUAUUUGCAGGACAGGUUUAUUUAUUGCUGCGUUUUCUUGCUUACCUUGUGUAUCUGUCUGGUUCUGCCUUUUCUGUGUUUCCUUAACUUUCUGUCUUUGUGUCAAGCUCAUAUGUCAUAGUCUAGGUAUUAAUGUUAGUCAUUUCCUGUUUUAAUUUGCCAUCCCUUGUGCUUUGUGUUCUGUUUUGUUUCUCUUAUUUCAUUAGCCUGGGAUAAGUGUCUGUACUCCCACCUCUUGCCUGUUCCCUCAUCUUCCUAUAUGUUCAUGUAUGGCCUCAGUCUCAUUUAGUUUCAUGUUCUGUUCUUCCUCUAGACAGUGUGCCUCUUGCUGUGUGUUCUGCUGUUCAUGUGUCCUACCAAGUAAACCUAGUUCAUU